UUCAAAACGCAUCUAAUGACCAUCUGUUACCUUGUUUAUGACAAAUUCAUUUCCCUUAUAGUCGAGGCUUCUCCUCUGCCUAAAAGAAUGGCCUUGCAUCAGGAGCGACCCUCUGCCAGCAGCACCAUGGAAACGUCAAACUUUGCUCAUGUGAUCUUCCAGAACGUGGGGAAGAGCUACUUGCCCCACGCCGCCCUUGAGUGCCACUACACCCUUACACAGUUCAUCAAGCCGCACCCCAAAGACUGGGUUGGCAUCUUCAAGGUGGGUUGGAGCACUGCACGGGACUACUACACCUUCCUUUGGUCUCCCAUGCCAGAAGAGCUCACUGAGGGCACGGCCAUCAACAGAUCAGUGGUGUUUCAAGGCUAUUACGUGCCUAAUGACGAUGGGGAGUUCUACCAGUUCUGCUAUGUGAGUCACAAAGGGGAGAUCCGCGGCGCUAGCACCCCAUUCCAGUUCCGCUCUGGAACCCCCACUGAGGACGAGCUGCUUGCCGUGGAGGACGACGCCAACUCCGACAUCCUGGUGGUCACCACCAAAGCCAGCUUCCUUGAGCAAAAGCUGGAGGAGCUGCGUGUGGAGAAGGAGGCUGUGGAGAGUGCACUGCAGGAGGCGCAGCAGGACAGGCAGCAGCUAGAGGGCGCCAUGGAGCAGCUGCAGGAGCAGAGCCGGGAGGCCCAGAGGGAGCGAGAGCGCCUCACGCACACACUUAGCCAGGAGCAACACACCUGCACCCAGCUCAGGACUCAACUACAGGAGGUGCAGCAGUCGUCCCAGACGCUGGUUGAGGAGCGGGAGAUGAAUAGGAGGCAGGAGGAGAUGAAGAGGAGACAGGAGGAGUCCAGUGUGCGUCUCCUGCAGCUGGAGGAGGACCUGAUUGGAGUCACCCAGAGGGGUCUGCAGAAGGAGACGCAGCUCGACAGUCUGAAGGACCGUCUGAAGAAGCUCAAUCUGGAGAAGGACAAUCUGGAAUCUCAGCUGAAGAAUGAGAAGGACGAGAAGGAGCUCUACAAGAUCCACCUGAAAAACCGUGAGCUGGAGAACAGCAAGCUGAGUGCUGAGCUGCAGAUGGUGAAGGCGAUGGAUGUGAACCGGGAGAACACCAUCGCUCAGCUGAAAGACGAGGUGGCCAGGCUCAAGGCCUGCCUCACCGACCGAGAACAGCAGAACCGGCAGCUACUGGCCAGUCCCUCGGCUGAGAUGAAGGCCCUACGUGAGCAGCUGCGUCAGAAAGAGGAGCAGCUGAACGCGAGUCAGCAGCAGGCGGCCAUGUUGGGGGCGGAGCUGCGUGACGCGGCAAGCGUGCGGGACCGCAGCAUGUCUGACCUCUACCGCGUCCGCUUGGAGGCGGAGCAGCUGCGCAGGACCCACGCAGACGUUCAGGCCGAGUGCAGACGCCUCCAACAGCAGCUGCAGCAACAGCAGCAACAGCAGCAACAGGGCAGGAAGGAGAACAACCAGCAGGAGGCGGAGGUGUGUGAGGCCGGGGCGCUGCAGGAGCUGCAGAGGGAGGUGGAAGACCUGCGUCUGCGUCUGCAGAUGGCUGCGGAACACUACAAGGACAAGUACAAGGAGUGCCAGAGACUGCAGAAGCAGGUGCUCAAGCUCUCCGAGUCGCAGGGGGAGGAGAAAAGGAGUCCUGAGGCGGCCGCCACUCCCCUGACCAGCAGCCCAGAGCCCUCCGUGCCCGGAAGUAGCUGUGGGAGCGAGGCGGUCCUGGACACCCUGAUCCAGAGCAAGCUGAGAUCCGUAGGCCGCGAAGCCAACGACAAGAGCGACAAAUACCGCAAGAUUAAACAGAUGCUAAGUGAGGAGAAGGAGCGUAGCUGUGUGUUUGCUGACGAGCUGGCGAAGAUGGAGCAGAAGUGGAGGGAACAGCUGAAGACCAACGACAGUCUCCGCCUGCAGUUGGCCGCCGAGGAGGACCGCUAUAGGAGCCAGGUGGCUGAGAAGGGUCGUGAGUUGAAGGAUCUGAAGGACAAACUGGCUGCGCUCACUCUGGAGAAGGAGAGACUGGAGGGGGAUCUUCAGCGCAGUGCCAGUCAUGAGGAGGAAGAGGUGGGACCUGGAGAGGAAGAGGAGGAGUUAGAGGCGGCGCCAUUGUUUCUGCAGUAUCCACUUCCUUACGAACCAUCACCUCUCAUGGCCUCCGACCUGCAGUUUGGAAACCCAUACACACGAGAUGGCGCAGACGGGGAUGAGUUCUCGGAUGAGAUGUUGCCACGGUUACCGCCGAUGGGCCCCCCAUCAUGGGACAGUAAUGUGGUGUGUAUCCAGCCUGCCCGCAACCUGAGUCGGCCAGACGGCCUUGAGGAGCCCGAGACGCAGCAGAGCAGUCAGCCCAGUCCCACUGAAGAGCCCACUCCUCCCGAGGCUCCAAGUACUCAGAUCAGUGACACACCCAUGCCCUUCUGCUUCGAGGCCAGUGGUGAGCAGAAGCGCUGUCCGCUGUGUGAGGUGAUCUUCCCUCCGCACUAUGAGCAGCGGCGGUUCGAGGAGCAUGUGGAGAGCCACUGGAAGACCUGCCCCAUGUGCAGCGAGCAGUUCCCCCUAGACUGCCAGCAGCAGCUCUUCGAGAAGCACGUGCUCACACACUUCGACGCCAACGUGCUCAACUUCGAUUAGGAUGGGCGGCGCACAGACACGCCCCUGGGUGUGUGUGUGGAGGUGGGGGUGUCAGCAGUUUGCACGUGUGAGUGAGAGAGAUGAUCAUUCAGGAGAGGUUCUGUUUGAAUGCUUAUGAGAGCAGUGAGUUUACAUGGAGCAAGUGUAGGUCUGUGAAGGGGUGUGUGUGUAUGUGUGUGAGUAAGUAAUGAAGUGAGUCUGUGAAGGAUAGUGUGUGUGUGUUAAGGGGAGUGUUUAUAGGGGACAGUGUAUGUAGGUGUUCUUAUUUUGUUGGAGGGUGUGUGUGUGUCUCUCUCUCUCUCUCUCUCUCUCAUUAUGAUGUCUCAUGUCUGAUCAGCCCCUCAGUCUAGAAUGAGAUUUCAGAAGGCCGGGCCGUUGCCUGGAAACACUGACGUUGAUUAUAUUAUUCUUAUUAUUAUGACUAUUAUUCUUUCUGUCACCAUACUUAAACAGCGUCUUUUGGGUUUGUAUGUCACAGUCACUGAUAUCAUUACUCCACUCUGAUUGGAUGUCCAGGUAGCCUAACAUUCUUCUGCAGCCUAUCAGAGCCCAGCCUCAUAUUCUGCCAGCCAAUCAGAUACUCAGCUCAGGCUCUUCUGCUCCAAUCAGGUAGCGCGUGUUUGUAGUGCGUGCAUAUGAAUAAAGGCAGAUCUGUUUUAAACCAGGGUGGUGAGGGGCUCUUCUUCUCACUCGCGGGUCUUUUAGUCUUCAGUUUGAUUGGCUCCUGUAUUAUUACAGUUUAUUAGAGUCUUUUAGUCUUCAGUUUGAUUGGCUCCUGUAUUAUUACAGUCUUUUAGUCUUCAGUUUGAUUGGCUCCUGUAUUAUUUAAAGCUCUUGAUUUUAGCUCUGCGCAUGUCUCAUAGGUUCCUUCACCUGUUGAAGGUGUGUAUUACAUUGUCAUCACUGUGUGUCCCUGCGUCUGGACUCUGAGUGUGUGUGUAUGUGUGCGAUUGCUCGCGCGCAUGCACGUGAGUGUGUGUGUGUCCUGUAAUCAUCCUUUACUUAUAACAAUAAAGAGCUGUGGAAAUAAA